GUGUGCAUCACCGCGAUUCCGACCCCACGAAAACGAUUCCUUGACGGCGGGGAGAAGUAGACUCAUUAUCAAAUUCGCCCAGUCAUGUUUACCCUCAUCAAGCUUGUUUCUGUUGUGGCUGCUAUCGCCUUGUCGGCCACGGCGGCGUCGUCCUGCCACCAACAGGCCAACACGAUUGGCUCUGACCACGCCCUUGACCUUGUAGCCGCCAAGAACGAGCCGUUCAGCUACAUCAUCGAAGAAGUGGGCGCCACUUAUAUCGCCCCCCACUUCAACGAACUGUCGAUUCCGGAUGGGGGGGUGCUCGAAAUCAGCGCGUUGGACGGAUCGCAAAAGGUGCGGUACACGGGGGCGCGCUCGGACUUUUACGCCGAGUACGUUACGGGGCCAUCGGCCGUGCUCACGUACUACCCCCCCCAGGACAUCGUCAUUUCCGUGGAUAUUGUCAGCGAUGACAACUCGACGGAAUCGACGACGGGGGGGCUCGAUGCUGCGUCUGUAGCGUUUUCCGUUGACCGCUUUGCCAGUGGGUUUGCCACUGGCAUUGAAUCGUCGAUCGAAGCCAUUUGCGGCGCCGACAACUCCAAGGCGGCAGUGUGCUUGAAGUCGUCUGAUGCCACGAAGUACACCAAGGCCCAAGCCGUGGGGCGCCUCUUGAUUGGCGGGUCGUCGCUGUGCACGGGCUGGCUAUUUGGAUCUCAAGGCCACCUUAUCACCAACAACCACUGCAUUGGCACGGCCGCGGCCGCAGCCAAAGUCCAGUUUGAAUUUGGCGCAGAGUGUGCCACGUGCUCGGACCCGAACAAUCUCAAACAACUGGCAUGCCCUGGCACGACCGUCGCUACGAGCGCGCAGUUCAUCUACACCAACAAGGAACUAGACGUGACAUUGGUCAAGCUCAACUUGAAGGCGGGCGUGAGCCUUGCCAAGUACGGGUACCUCCAAGCGCGGACAUCUGGCCCUGUGCUCAACGAGCCCAUCUAUAUUGCCCAGCAUCCGGGUGGCAAACCUAAACGUCUCGCCACCGUUGUGGACAGCGGCGCCGUGGGCACGAUUGAAAAGUUCAGCAUUGCCUCCUGCUCCCCUGAUGAAAUCGGGUACUCGCUCGACACGGAAGGCGGGUCGUCUGGGUCGCCUGUGCUCAGCACCAAGGACAACUUGGUCGUUGGGCUGCACAACUGCGGGGGGUGCCAGAACGGUGCGACAAAGAUCAACAAGGUCGUGGCCCAGCUCAAGAGCUUGGGUUUGUUGCCUGCGAAUGCUGCCGUCGCCCGCAAACUUCCGUAAACGUUGUCGCAUACUAGUUAUCGCGUCGUCCCAUGUCUUUCAUAAUCCAAAAAUGUCCAAGUGCGCA